GGUUAAGUGUUCAAAGGUGCACCCGCCCUGGCUCACCAAGUCCGCAGCACUUUCUUAAUUAGCAUAGUAUCUGCCCCGUGGCCCAGCUGCGAGGCGGAGGUUCUGGGGAGUAGGUGAAGCUUGUAGUACCGUCUCAACGAGGUCAGAGCAGCACUUGUAAUCUGGAAGGAACCGGGGUUCAUAACUUGGCUGAACAGUACAGGAUGAAACAAAUCCGAGAUCAAAAGGGUCCUAUUUCCCAGAGGAACAGUUUAUCUCGACAGCCAGGGAGAGUGCCUGGAUGCCCAAGUUGGGGAAUGGCGGUCAAUGUGUAUUCUACCUCGAUAACCCAAGAAACUAUGAGCAGACAUGACAUCAUUGCAUGGGUCAAUGACAUAGUAUCUCUAAACUACACAAAAGUGGAACAGCUUUGUUCAGGAGCAGCUUAUUGCCAGUUCAUGGACAUGCUCUUCCCAGGCUGCAUUAGUUUGAAGAAAGUAAAAUUUCAAGCAAAAUUGGAACAUGAGUAUAUUCACAAUUUCAAACUUCUGCAAGCAUCGUUCAAGCGAAUGAACGUUGAUAAGGUGAUUCCAGUGGAGAAGCUCGUGAAAGGACGCUUCCAGGACAACCUGGAUUUUAUUCAGUGGUUUAAGAAAUUCUACGACGCUAACUAUGAUGGGAAGGAGUACGACCCUGUUGAGGCACGACAAGGGCAAGAUGCAAUUCCUCCCCCGGACCCUGGUGAACAGAUUUUCAACCUGCCCAAGAAGUCUCACCAUGCGAACUCCCCCACUGCAGGUGCAGCUAAAUCAAGUCCAGCUUCAAAACCGGGAUCCACACCUUCUCGUCCCUCUUCUGCCAAAAGGGCUUCAUCCAGUGGCUCAGCGUCUAGAUCAGACAAAGAUUUAGAAACGCAGGUCAUACAGCUUAAUGAGCAGGUACAUUCAUUAAAGCUUGCCCUUGAAGGUGUGGAAAAGGAAAGAGAUUUCUACUUCGGGAAGUUGAGAGAGAUUGAGCUACUCUGCCAAGAACAUGGGCAGGAAAAUGAUGACCUUGUACAGCGGCUAAUGGAAGUGCUCUAUGCUUCAGAUGAGCAGGAGGGCCACACAGAAGAGGCAGAAGCAGAGGAGCAAGCCCAUGACCAGCAGCCCCAGCAACAAGAAGAGUACUGAACUGUCUCAGCAGCUCUUGACACUAACAUUGUGCAUGGGAACUUUCUUCUGGAGAAUUGGAACAUGUGUGGCCUCAAGCUCAGCAAAACACCAGUUGUUCCCAAUCUGCUGUUACCAUCGCCGCACCAUUGCAUAUGCCAGCCACUGCUCUUGGUUCCCACCUUCUUUGCCAAGAUGCAUUAGUAGGUGGCCAUUUUGGUCACUUACCUGAGAAAGUGUAGUGUUACAUACCUUCAACGUCACCACUUGGCUGCUUGAGAUUGGUUCUGUUCUCUCCCUCCCCCCACCCCUGUCCACCUGUCCACCUGUUUCUUUCCAGAACAGCUCUUCCCUACCCCAACACCACUACCACUUCCACCCCUUUUUAUCUUGGUGUGAAACAAUGGUAAUUUGAUAUA